UGACUACCAGAGGCUCCCUGAAAGGUAGAAUAGAAAGCUGACCGUCGUCGAUGGUGUGAACACUGUCUCGGGCUGUCAGAAAUAGGCUCUCUUAUUGUUGAGAAAGGUAGCGACACGAUGGCUUUGACCGGAACUAAGGCGGUGAAGAAUCCUAUCCGUGUUGUGCUGCAACGCAUUGCACAACUGAUGUACAUCGUGAUUGGAAUUUCAGGAAUUCUUAUGAUCGCAAUGAUCCUCGCCUUUCAGCCGAAGCCGAAUUUUGCUCCUGGAUGGUGUAUUAUUGUCCUCGGUAUCCUAACCGUGGGAGCUUCUGUUCUUGGGUUUGCUGGAUUCCUUACCACUGGUUGCUUCAUUUGUCACUCAGCAAUUCUAUCUUUGGCGGCAUUUGGCUGUGGUGGAUUCACCCUGGCCUUGUUUAUUUCUAAGCCGGCCAUUGCAAGAACCAUCAACUCGCGUCAGUGGGACGACGACAAGAUUUGGGGCUUUCUAAGCAAGGUCCAGUGGGUUUUCCUGUCAAUCUUUCUUUUGGAGAUUUUGGCCCUCGUUGUCUCUACAGUUAUACACGCAUGUAUUCCUGUGGAGAUUUAUGAGAACCUUGAGGAGCAACAACGACAACGUGACGCAGAAAUGCAUAAGUUGAAGAAGGCAGUGGAGCAGCAGAAAACGAAAACAGAGAACACGACAGCCGCAUCACUGGCAAAUAAGAUGAGGUCAAAAUAUGGGAAGUGGACAGAUGAAGACUUCGGUGAAGGCAGAUCCAUCUGGUAGCUCUUUAUCGCUGCAGAUGAGGACUUGGCUGAUCGGCAAAGUUUGCCACUUCAGUCAGAGCUAGUCUCUAAUAAUGCUGUGCAGAGUCUACCCCAGUAUAGGUGAAUCAGCCAAAUGAUGAUGCCAUAAGGCCUCGCAAAGUAUUUGGACCUGCUGAAUGAAUCUACUGGUAUCAGUCAUUUUACAUGGAGGAUAUCUCCCAGAUAGCAAUGACUACCUUCGAUCCGAAAUAUCUACUACCUACCAUUUUACUAAAAACGCAU